AUGGUUGUGUUGACGCACCAGAGACGGUUUCCAAAACCCUUCAAGGUAGAUAUUAUCGAGACAAUUUUGAAAUCAACAAGGGUGCUGCGAUAUUUGGGCGUGACGAUGGAUGAAAAGCUAUCCUUUCGUGAAAAUCUUGAAAAUACAUGCGUAAAAACUGGCAACAUCAUGUUCAGUUUAUCAUCGAUCAUGACCAACACCAUGGGCCCACGAACUAAAAUAAGAAAAGUUCUUCUCGAAGUGGUUCACUCAAUUCUGCUCUAUGAAACGGAAGUAUGGGUGGAUAUCCUGAAGCAGAAGACAAGUGGAAGACGUGCGAUACGGGUAGAUGGACGUCCGCAUGAUUCUUAA